CUAGAGGCUUCUGGUGAUCAUGGAAGGAUGGUUGCGAGUAGCGGGGAUGGCAGCUGCUGCGACAGUGAUCGUACCAGUGAUCCUCCUCUCCUCUCCUUUCCUCUCCAUCACUGUACAGGUCCUUGAAGGUUGUUGGCUGUCAGCAGCGUGUUGGCUCCUUGUCAAUACUGCCGAAGCUGGGAUAUCAUCGUUGGAAACGUCUCUAGAGCAAGCUGUAGGUUUGAGCUCGCCGGCAAGAUCCCCAGCUAGAGCCCAGUCACCUCAAGCUAGCAAAUUCUCACCAGGAUAUCUUUCUCCAAGCCCGACCCUGUCUCCUGGGAAUAGAUCUCUCAACCGCAGAAAGAAGGGCGGGCCCCUGGAGCUAAUUGUCUCCCUCCCUGCUUUGCCUGUGGUCUGGAUAGAAGUGAUCCUUCGCAAGAUUAAGUUACCGAGAUUAUUUCGAUUCAUGGCUCUCAACCUGGUGGCCUACAUAUCGAGCCCCAUAUGGUUUUUUGUUAUCUCUGGGAUGCAUCUGCUGUUGCUGGUUGCAGUUUCAGUGAUUUCCUUCGGCAUAUUGCUUCCUUGGACAGGGCCUCUGAUAGCAACGUUGUCUUUCUACAUUUUUCUUGUGCCUGUGUGGACCAUUUCUACCUACAUCUGCACCAGCGGACCAAUGAUAGCUUCUCUUUUCAUAUUGCCAUUCCUGGACAACAGUGCUAAUUUGAGCAGACGAUUUAUU